AUGGAUGCAAUAGUGGCUGUAUGCGACUUGUACCGGAGAGAUCUCAAUGAAGCUGUAGCAAGUCUUCGACAACGUGGAUUACUCUCUUCGGGUCGCAGCUCCCGCUCUAGAAUCCGCUCCUUGAGAAGCACGCGAACUGCUUCGGAUCGAAUGUUUCCAAGUUCUAGAAAUUCAAGGCAAGAGCGCCUUAGCAGAAGCUGCAUCCAAACAGAACAUAAGACUAUUGUUGAAGUUUUUCUAUGGGGAGCUGUGCUAACGUUCUCCUCUCAUAUUGGUUCGUUGUUCGGAUCAUGUAUCGCAAGCCCUCUGCUAUAUGCAAUUUUCGAUAAACUUGGCGCUUCUAUUUUUGCUUUUUUGGUGCUGCCAUUAUUUACAAAAUUAAUGCUUAGAAAGCAUCAGCGUAAAGGUGUUCGCGACGCUGCUAUCCGAUUCAUGCUUCUCAUAACGGCUGUACUGCAAGGAUUGGUGUCAGGAUUUGUUAUCGACAGCACCUACAUCAGCGGUGAACCGCUAGCAUUUGUUACACCACUUGCAAUCGUGAUGGCUUACAUGGGUGAAAUCAACUCGGUGUACAAAAAUCGUCUAGCGAUGCUGACUGCGUGUACAACUGCAGGACUUAUUGCAAAUUUUGUGAUCGGAAUACUACUAAACGCCUUAACAAAAACAUAUGAACUUAUGACCUUCGCAUAUGUCACAGCAGGAAUGCUUACCUUGCAAAAUGUGCAAAGAAAUGUGGAGAAAGCGGUAUAG